AUGGCCAGACUUCCAUCAUUCCGGAAAGAAUCAGAACGGCCAGUCUACGGCCGGUCCCGGUCGAAGGUGCGAUGGCACCGAAUCAUACGCUCUUUUCUCUAUCCGAUAGCCUUCAUCUUCUUGGUGUUGGCAGUCAUCGGCAAUGUUUCCAAUAAACCCGUCCUCCGCGACACCUACUUCCUCAAGAUCGAUCUCUCCAACAUCAUUCCUUUGUCCGUUCCAAACGCCAUGCUGAUCAAUAGUAUUGCGCGAACCAUUGGUCUCCAUGACUUUUAUCAGGUUGGGUUAUGGGGGUUCUGUGAAGGAUACGCCGAUUCUGGCAUCACGCACUGCUCCAAACCAGAAACCCUGUAUUGGUUUAAUCCGGUCAAAAUCAUCCUGAGUGAGCUGCUGUCUGGCGCAACCAUUGCGCUCCCUGGCAAUAUCUCCGAUGCGCUCCAAAUUGCUCGCAUCGCAUCCUUCUGGAUGUUCGGCCUGUUCAUCACCGCUACCGUCCUAACCUUCAUCCUCAUCUUCCUCUCUCCCCUCGCCGUCUCCUCCCGGCCUCCACAGACUAUCUCGCCCGAUCCAAGCGUCAACCAGCUCCACCCGCCGCACCGCCGACGCACCUUCCUUUUCCUCCGCGCCUUCCCUUUCCUCAUCCUCACCUUCCUCACCGCGCUCAUCACCAUCGUCGCCUCGGUCGUCGCCACCGUCAUGUUCAGUAUCUUCAAGAACGUCUUCACCUCGUCCGGCUAUGACCUCAACAUCGGGGCCGAGCUGGGAUCCCGCAUGCUGGCCUUCAUAUGGAUCGCCUCCGCCUUCAACCUCCUGGCCUUCAUCCUCGAGAUUGGCUCCUGCUGCGCCGCCUGCUGCGGUGGCCGAAAGGCCCGGAAACAGCUCAAAUCCAUCAAGAGGUCCUCGCAGGCAUCGCCAACCGAGAAAGGCAGCCCGCAGAGUCCCUCAUCGACUGCGACGGAGUGA